GAUUAAAAUAAAACUCUUCCUAUCUGACACCAAACUCACAAACAGUUUCGGUCUCCGCCUUGUUUUGGUGUGAAUCAUGGCGACUGUGGCGAAGGACUCAGAUGUACACAUCACGUACGAUGACCAACAGAAAAUAAACAAAUUUGCACGGUGCAAUGCUCGCCAUGGAGACGUAAAGGAGGAACUAAAAAUGAAAGAGAAUGAAUUACAGAAUUUACAAGAUGCUGAAGAUGAAAUUAUGAUCGCAUUAGAUGGUGAUGAGAAGGUUCCUUAUAUGGUGGGUGAGGUGUUCAUUAUGAAAUCCCAAGAUGAAGCCCAGGAGGCCAUAGCUGCACAGCGGGAGGUCCUCCAGGAGGAGAUUGCGGGUCUCAACACCCGAGCAGGAGAGCUUCAGGAGACCAUGACACAGCUCAAAGGCGACUUGUAUGGAAAAUUUGGCAAUAAUAUCAAUCUUGAACCGGAAGAAGAAUAAGCUCAUUUAUCGUUAUUGUGGAUAUACUCAAUUUGUAUGACAUAGUUUUCACCUUGUCCUUCACACUGUUCCGUGAAUAUUAUGUGUAGGAGAAAAGAAAGCCCAUGAUUGGAUUAUUGAUAUUCAGAAAAGAUUCCAUUUCACAAUAGAGUGUCAUCAAUCAUGAUAAUUUGUGAUUUCGAGAGUUUGUGUUUUAGUCCGAUCAUCUGUUUAUUAUAAUUUUUACUUCGUCCCACAUCUAACGUGCAGAAAAUAAAACUCGUACACAGACAAUA